AUGUCGACCAAGACCAAGACCACUCGCGCCGAGCAGGGACCAAUCUCCCGUGAAUACACUGUCAACCUGAAGAGCAGACUUUUGGGAUCAUCCUUCAAGGAUAGAGCCCCAAAGGCUGUCAAGCAGAUCAGACAAUUCGCUCAGAAGGCUAUGAGCACCAAGGAUGUCCGUAUCGACAACAAGUUGAACUGCUUGCUCUGGUCUCAGGGUAUCAAGAACGUUCCACACAGAGUGCGCAUCGUCCUCUCCAGAAAGAGAAACGAGGAUGAGAACGCCAGAGAGAAGUUCUACACUCUCGCCACCUUUGUCGCCACCAAGUCCUUCAAGGGUCUCAAGACCAAGGUCGUCACUGACAACUAA